UUUCAUCGACGCGACCGCGACCUGACCCCCAAUGCGCCGAUAGACAAAACGCGAGACUCAAAGACAAACGCCUGAGGACGAUGACCACGUGUUUCUUGAAUCGCUGGCACCUCGCGUGCAUCAGUGUUCUCCGACCCCAUGUACCACAACGAUGCUUCAGCACGUCGUUCCGGCGGAGUGCGCCCAAACCCGUGUCCAUGGAGGAGUUCAGCUGUGAGCUGAUACGGAACUUCUCGAUAAUUGCACACAUCGACCACGGUAAAUCUACUCUCGCGGAUCGAGGUCACGCUCACCGGCUUGAGCUUGCACAACAGCAACUGAACUCCCUCCAGCUGACAGGGACAAUCAAGAGAAAGGAAGUCGGGAAGAAUGAGCAAGUUUUGGAUAAGCUGAAGGUGGAAAGGGAGAGGGGUAUCACUGUUAAGGCACAGACUGCUAGGUAUGAUACUAUUGCAUCGAGCUAUGUGCUCGUCGGCAUUGACGACGCCCUCAGCAUGAUGCACAUGGUGAACGGGCGGAACCACAUUCUGAACCUCAUCGACACACCGGCGGGGCCAUGUCGACUUUUCUUGGGAAGUCUCGAGGUCAUUGGCGGCAUGCCAAGGUGCUCUUCUACUGGUGUCGAUGCGAGUCAAGGAGUGCAGGCGCAAACAAUAUCCGUGUUCCACAUUGCUCAAGAGCGUGGAUUGAAAAUCAUCCCCGUUCUAAACAAAAUCGACUUACCUGCAGCUCAACCUGAACGAAUCGCGGCCCAAAUGGAAGCCACAUUCGGAACAGACCCGGCCGACAUCAUUCAAAUUUCCGCCAAAACCGGCAAAGGCGUCGACCAGGUUCUGCAGGCCAUCAUAGACAGGAUACCCCCUCCAAGUGGAUCGAUAGACCGGCCUCUGAAAGCUUUCUUAUUUGAUUCCAUGUACGACCGAUACCGGGGUGUGGUGUCCUUGCUCGCCAUACAGGACGGGGUGCUCAAAAAAGGUGACCGGAUCGCAUCGUCUUAUACGCGGAAAAAGUAUGAAGUCACCGACCUGGGUAUCAUGAACCCGGAGGAAAUUCCGGCCACCAGUCUUUUCCCUGGCCAAGUCGGUUUCAUCGCAUGCAACAUGAAGGAGUCAACUGAAGGCAGGUUGUUGAGCAUUGGCGCUUCAACAAUUAGCUCACGUGUCUACCAGCACACAUUGGAGAUACGCUCCAUCGCGUUGGAACUUCCGUUGAACCUAUGCCGGGCUUCAAGCCUGCCAAAGCUAUGGUCUACGCGGGAAUCUUCCCCAUCGACACAAGUGAUUUCCCCAAGCUCGAAGAGUCUAUCAAACGGGUAUGUCAGACACAUCUUCAGUCUGAGUUGCCGCCAAUUGAUUCAACCGCAGCUGGCAUUGACGGACCGCAGCGUCACGGUGCAACGGGAGUCCUCCACAGCGCUUGGCCAGGGCUCCCGACUCGGGUUUCUUGGCACGUUGCACAUGGACGUGUUCCGACAGAGACUUGAGGAUGAAUAUGACGCCAACAUCAUUGUGACCGCACCCACUGUGCCCUACAAGGUGGUUUACAGAGAUCAUGAAGUGUUCAUCAGCAACCCGACGGAAUUCCCGGAUUCUGUCGAAUGGACCUCUAAAGUCCAGGAAGUCCAAGAACCAAUAGUCAAGGCAUCGAUCAUCGUUCCCGAGGAGUAUUUCGGCGACAUGAUGGACCUGUGCUUCACGCACAGAGCAGAAGAUUUGGAGCACCGAUAUCUGGAUGCCGGGACCGGCAGUUCGUCUCGGAUCAUCUUGACCUGCACUCUGCCGCUGAGCGAGAUUGUCACCGACUUUUUCGACCAGCUGAAGAGUCGCAGCUCGGGCUUCGCCAGUUUCGAGUACAUGGCCUUUCUUCUGAACGGGAAGCCGGUGGACGCGCUUGCGCUGGUUGUGCAUCGGUCUCAAGAAGAUGCCAUCGGCAGGCAAUGGGUCAAGAAACUGGUAAAAGUGAUUCCCCGACAGCAGUUCGAGGUCCCCAUUCAAGCCGCUGUGGGCAAAAAGAUCAUCGCCCGGGAGACCCUUUCUGCCUACCGGGCUGACGUGACUGCCGGGCUGUACGGUGGGCAUGUCGAGCGCAAAAUGAAGGUGCUCGAGCGACAGAAGGAGGGCAAGCGGAAGAUGAAGCGGAUGGGCACAGUCGAUAUGCCGCAGGAAGCGUUCUUCGAGAUCAUGAGCUCGAAGAAGCGAGACUAGUAUGUACAUAUACAUUAUUUCUACAGUUCGUUGUCUUCAUCAUCCCACAUCGACUCACCUGAAUAUUGAUGGAGGGGGGUGGUCUCCGCUGUCGUGAAUUUCAGUAAACAGGCCAAUCAAUCAACAAGAGGACACACUCGUUGGUGAUAAACGCGUCGAUGAGAUUAGGCUGCACAUAAUCGUAGAAGGGGUUCACAACAUCGACUUUGUCCACCAGAUCGCCCUCCUCGAACCCAAGGACCUGACUGGGGUCCCCGAAAUCAAGCGCCCCAUACUCAUGAUACAGAUUCCAGAGUGGGGUCAUCUUGAACUGUCCUGCACACACGACCACGGGGGUGCUGUGUGCCUGCGCCGCCGUCGCCGCCAACAGAGACCCUGUGACAGCGAACAUCCCCCCGUUGGCGAGGAUUGCGUGCGCCCCGAGGAUCACCUUGUUCACGCGGGACAUCAGCCCAUACAUCGAUGAGUCCGGGACGAGGAAUGUUGAGAUGCCCGCUGCUGAGAGCGCUUGUGCCAUGUCGCGACCACCGUAUCUGAUCAUCCCGUGAUCGGAGGCUCGGCGCUGAGACAAUAGAUUGAACAUACGAGGGUGCUGUCUCGAGGACCAUGACUGUAUAUUUCCGAUGAUGUGCUGCAGAGAUCAGGAACGACUGGACGGUCUUCGACAACCCCAUCGUCAGAAUGAUCUCACUAGGCUUGGUUUUAGACGUGCACAACAAGAGCAUAGAUGCAUAAACGCACUCGGAAUGAAUAUGGUUUUGUGCGUUCUUGGAGAUGUUGUCAUACACCGUCUCCAACUCAUCCAACACAUCCUGGAUCGCCUCCAUCAAGACCGGCUUCAGGAUGCGCGCAAACGAAUCCGGAUCAUCGGGAUCGUUCUCUUUCAGGGUUCCUUUGCUCUCUGUCUUCGGCAGCGCGGUGUGUUGUUUUCGAGGCUGGCCCUGCAGCACGAAUCGAGAGAUGGAGAAACUUCCAGAGGUGUCCGUCGUCGCGGUGCUUUUUGCUGCUGUCUGAUACUCCUCGCGGAUGUGAUGCAGGACUUUCCUGACGGUGUUUCCGACGGAAUGCUCUGGGGGACUGAAGAUGAGAACCACGGCAGCGCAAAGGAGGGACGGUCGAUCGCCGCACCCUUCGGUUGCGCCUCCACCAGCCUACGACCCACGCCCCGCACGAUCGCGACCAGCUGCUCCAUAUUUGAGAACCGCGACUUCGAGAUCACUUGGCGCAGCACGAGCAGGGUCUCGAGAGCGGUGGCACGGGAGCCUACGAUCUGCCUGCGCGCGGGUGGAUGGUAAAUGGCCUAAAAACGCGUGCGUUCACGCGACCGGACUGACCGCCGCCGCAGCUUCCAAGCUAGGUUUUCGACUACGCGUUGUGUUGGAGAAUGAGAGCCUUCGGAUGACAUGGUGGGUGUGAGGGACAAGCGAUCUAUAUGGCUCAAUGGACUGUUUGAGUCACGCUCAGUGAUCGAUUGAGGUUAUCUAAUUGUACAGCCACUACAAUAGUAACUACGCGUGUCCUCUGGCAACGUGCCAGUCGAGUUUGUCUGCCCACUUGGGAAGCAGCUCUGAGAUCUGCUCGACAUCCUUGUCCCCACGGCCCGACAGACACUUUUCAAGCAAUCAGACGAGUGCAGGCACGCAGCAGUAGAAAACUUACGAUGACGAUGUCCUUGUCCGCCGAAAGUGUUUUAGCCAGUUGCACGCCAGCCCAGAUGGCAUGCGACGACUCGAGGGCUGUCCAGAUGUUAGAAAAGAUUGGGACAGACUCAAACGAAUUUACCGGGAAUGAUGCCCUCCCGCUGCGUCAGCAUUCUGAAGCCACGUAGAGCCUCCUCGUCUGUGGCCGCAACAUACUCAGCCCGGCCGGAGUCCUUCAGCCAAGCAUGUUCAGGUCCGACACCGGGAUAGUCAAGGCCAGCACUGAUGGAGUGGGUCUCGAUGAUCUGACCGGUGGGCGACUGCAGCACGUAGGUCCGCACGCCGUGCAGGACACCGGGCUGUCCAGCAGAAAGGGUGGCGCUGUGGCGGACACCAUCGAUACCUGGACAAUCGAAUUGAUUCGGGGAUCGAAAUAAAAGCCCAACAUGGCUGACCUUCGCCACCGGCCUCGACACCAAGCAUCCUCACGGACUUGUCUUCGAUAAAAUCGUAGAAUGUCCCGAUGGCAUUGCUUCCGCCACCGACGCAGGCGACGACGGCAUCUGGAAGCUUUCCCCGCAAAGCCUUCAUCUGCUGCUUGAUCUCUUCGCCAAUGACCUUCUGGUAGUCGCGGACGAUUGUUGGGAAUGGAUGAGGUCCGAUGCAGGAUCCGACGAGAUAGUAUGUGUUGGACAGAUUGGUGACCCAGUCUCUGAAUGCCUCAUUGACAGCAUCCUUCAGUGUGCACGAUCCAGAAUGCACCGGCACGACCUUGGCACCCAGCAUCUCGAUACGGAAGACGUUCAGCGCCUGCCUUCGCACAUCCUCUGCACCCAUGUAGAUCACACACUCCAUGCCGAAUUUGGCACAGACCGUCGCAGUCGCGACGCCGUGUUGCCCGGCACCAGUCUCGGCGAUGAUCCGUGUUUUACCUAUCCUGCGUGCUAGCAAGAUCUGUGCACCGUGAGGCGAAGCACGCCAGAGCGUCUGAUAACACGCACCUGGCCAAUGGCGUUGUUGAUCUUGUGCGAGCCAGUGUGGUUCCUGCGUCGAAACGGUUGGCGCCAAGGAGAAUGGAGAGUGAUGGGCGACCUACAAGUCUUCCCGCUUGAGCCAGACCUUGGCUCCACCAGCGUCCUUCGUCAGAUUUUCCGCCAGAUACAGCUGCGAGGGGCGGUUCAUGUAGCCGAAAUGGCUUUGGAAUUCUUUCCAGAACUCUGGGUCGGCCACUGCAGUUUUGUGGGCCUCCUCCAACUCGAUAAGGCAGUCCACAAGCGCUUCGGGCACAUAUUGGCCACCAAAUUGCCCGAACCGCGCCGGCAGCUCUUUCAAUUGCGUCGCGGCCUUGACUUCAGCAGGCUGGGCAGCAGCAGCAGCUGACGGCGUCGUCACAGGUGGAGAACGGACACGGGCAGGUGCUCCGGGCUGACUGAUCUCGCGGCAAUACGCUUCAACCGCUGACGCCACUUGGCCGGCAGGUGCACCCUUGAUGAUGUUCACAACGCGACUCCCGAUGACGACACCGUCGGCCCCUGCGUCAGCCACGGUAUCAAAGUGGCUUCGGUUCGCGACACCGAAACCGACGGCGAGCGGAACGGUCGCGAAUUGGCGGACGCGUGCGAUAAUGUCCGGAAGCGCCGCGUUCAUUCCAACAUUGUCGGACGAGCCCGUGGUGCCC